CUCUCCAGACCGGAAGUAAGCAUCCUUACGCAGCUUCGAACCUCUCAUGCCGGACUCAAUGCCCAUCUACACCGUAUGAAAGCGGCCACAUCACCAAAUUGCGACGCAUGUGGUGUUCCGGAGACAGUCUCCCACUUCCUCCUCUCUUGCCGCUGGUACGCUGAUGCCCGUCAGAACCUACGACGCAGAACCAAAAUUGGGAACCUUCAACUACGCCAUCUACUCUCCAUUUCCUCCACGAACAUACAUGCUACGCUAGCCUUUGUACGCCGAACAGGGUGA